AUGGUAAAGACCGUCAGCAAAGCCUCCAGCAAGGGAAGCAAGCAGCGAGGAAUCGCUCGGUCAGGCUCCGGAAGGCAGAUGACAUUUCAAGCCUUCAGGCUGCGGACUCAGAAUCCGGAUCCCAACGAGGGGAAGGUCGUGGAGGUUGUUGAGGAGGAGACUCCAGAGCAGCGUGCGCGGCGCCAUGCAAAGACGACCGGUCUCCAUUUGGGGGACGUGCGGCGCAUACAGAGCCUCUUCAACCAAGCACUAGCGCUGGGCGAAGUCAAGGGUCAGAAGUUGCCCUUGGAGCACUUCCGCACCUGGCUUUGCCAGCACUGUGGCUUGGAUCCGGAGAAAAACGUGCCGGGACAUCUCUUGGAAUCCGACUGGCCGAAAGACUUCGAGGACGUUGAGCUCACCGAGGAGGACUUUGUCAGUUGGUACAACAACAAGCAGUGGAGCGAAGAGAUCAUGGUACCCGAUCCUCAGGAGCGAAACCUUCGCAAAUUCUGCAAAAAGCAGGGUUUCAAGAUCACGGAAGUCGAGAGGGUGAAGGCUGCUUUCGACAAGGCAGACAAAGACGGGAGCGGCGCCUUGGACCAUUACGAGUUCCAGCAGGUAUACUGCCAACUUGAGGGCAUCGAUGUGUCACAGGUCAACGAGACGAAGUUUCGAAUCCUCUGGCAAGAGGUGGAUGAGGACUUUUCUGGCAGUAUCGAUCUCAUGGAGUUCGCCAAGUGGUACCUCAACGUCGCACCCAUGCCCAAGCAGAAGCCUGGGCGGCCAUAG